UACAAUCCAAGUGCAAAACCUCGUCGUCUUGGAAGGCCCAGGAAGCAUCAUCAGAACCUAGACUCUCCAUCAGACUCAUCCAGCCGCAACUUGAACCACGCCCUUGUGUCCAAGUUCAGAUUCGACAAUCAGCCCAUCGAAGGACCAGGAUCUCGAGGUGGAAAAAUAGAACGAGCAAUACCUCGUGGGAAGAUCACCAUGUUGAAGAAGAAACAAUCGACGUUGCCGUUCGCAGCAGCCACAUCUCCCCUCAAGGCAGAACCAAAAAGGGCUACUAGAACCAGAACACCUUCGAAGAAGGCAGACGGCUCUCUAGAUGCACCCCAGCAAGAAAAGAAAAAGGAACCCAAAAAGACAGUCAAAAGAGAGCCCAAAAAGGAUACUAAAAAGAAAGCCACCAAGGCUGCUUCACCUAAGAAAAGAACCAAACAGGAAGAUCAAGCUACAAAGAAGCUUAAAACUUCGAAAAUUGUGUCCACCAGCAGAACUACUGUUUUGAAUACUAGCCAUAAGAUAUCGAGACAACUACCUGGCCCCAUAGUCGGUUUAUUUUAUGACUUGUACGAUGACAACGUCUUGGGUGCUACACAGAAUGCUAAGGCAAGCAGUGAGAAAAUUGCCUUUGGGUUUCCCGUGUUGAAGAACCCGUAUGCUUCUGACAUCUUGUUCAUCCUUGAAUUUCUCAACAAGUUCCUGGAAAUUGUUAAAUUUCCAAACAUUUCACCACAAGAAGUUGAGCAAGGAUUGAGCUUACCGAGCGUUGAAGCUGUACUCAGCGAGAAGUAUGUUCCAAAACCUGCUAAACCGGUCGAAGAUUAUGACGUCAACUAUAUAUCACCCCAGAUGAAAUCUCUAUUUCUCAGGUUAAUGGGUAUGGUAUUGAACAGAAAGAGAGAAGUGACAUCACAUUCAAGUGCAAUUUUGGAAUUGAAACCCUUAGUUAUUAACCUUGGUUUGCCAAGUGAAUGGAGGGAAAAUACGAUCAAGCCUGAUGAAUUUGAAGAUGAACCUCCUGGAUCUCCGGUAGAUCCGAAUCACCCAGACAUUAUCGUCACUCGGGUUUACAAAUCUGGAUAUUCUCAACCAACUUACAAUCCAUUUGUUUUGGCGGAAUUCGAACAAUUUGGCUUACAGGCUCUUGAGCCAAAGGAUAGACUUAUUUUGUUGCGUGUUUUGGUACAAUGGUCUUUAUCUUCAUGUGAAGCCUUAAAGAGUCUUAUUUUCAAGAAUUCGCAGAAUACAGAUAUUCCAGGAGAUAAAGAAACCUUUUAUGCUUCUAGAGCAAUUCUCAAAGGUUUCAAGAACGCAAUGGAUACGAAGAUUGAAGCAGAAGCUAAAUUUAAUAAGAGGGAAGACGAUGUUAAAUUUAUUGACCCAACCUCAGAUCCAUUAGAGCAUUGCUUUAGAAUCAGAAUUCAUGAACAGCUUGCAGGUGAUGUUGGCUUCCAUAUUGGAAGGUUUUAUUUGUGUAGAAUGGCAGAUAAAACGAAUGGUGGAUUGGCCUCAGUGAAAAAGAUGACGUCGACAUGGGCAGGAUCAGGAAACUCUGGAGAAUUGCCUUCCAACUUCAAAUUAUUUGUGCAAGAUGUCCAUGGAAUGCUUGAAAGUUCCUUGGCCUAUGACGGAGUUGACCACACCUCAAGUGGGGAAGAAAUUCCUAACCCUAGGAAUCUACCAGAUGCAUCACAAUUUUGGUAUGAAAUCGCCAGCGACGUCGAAGAACUUUCAGAUUUCGUCAAUUUCUUAUCAAAAAGAAUGGGAUAUACAGGCACCCAAGAAGAUGACAUUGUUCCCAUGACUUCGCUGAUUUAUCGCCCCAUGUUUAAUUUGUUCAAUUACCUUUCAGGUUUGCUUCCUUUAUUGAUAAGACAAGAAAAAGUGAGCCAAAUCAUUGAAAACAAGGAUGAGCCAAGAACAUCGAGGCAAAAGGGAGGUAUCAACUACAAUGAUAAAGUUGCAAGUCAACAUGGAUAUUUUGAAGAUGGCGACGAAGAGGGCAACGCUGAAGAGGAGGAAUAUGAAGAAUAUGAGGAAGGACUUGAUGCACAAUCUGAAGAUGAUGACUAUAUGGAAUAA